UGGCCAGAAAUUAGCCAGAAUUUCUGGGAUACUUUCAGGGGCCCCUGCGCGAUCCCGGAGCUACUCUCCGCAUAUCUGGAUCCCCCGCCAGCCAAUGGGAGCUCCUCGGAGUGCAUAAUUCGUGAGACAGGGUCAGGUUUUGGGAGGAAGUCGGUAUUGUGGCUGGAGGGUUAACAUAGCUGGCGGGAUUACAGCAGGGCUGACUGCAGGAAGGACAGGGAGCUUUCAGAGGGCCGAGAUUCCUGGCAUUUUUGGCAUCCUUGCGACCUGGGACCCCCAAACAAAUGGGAGGAAUUCUGUGACAGGUCGCUAGGCCACAGUCCUGGCUGAAACAAUGCCCAGCUUGGAGUAGAGUUGGCUCUGGGAAAGGAUUCUUUUCUGUGCAGCUUGGAAGUUACCUCACUCACUGCGUGCCUUAGUGUUGACAUGGAGUCUUCCAAGUCGGAACCUGCUCUACAGAAUGGGAACUGCGCGUCGCGACCGCCCCCCUCCCCCCAGCACUCUCCCGUCCUGAAGGAGCAACCCUCCAAGGUGGAGCGGCACAGACGGAGCACGGAGAGGCGCGAGCUGUCCCACGUCCUCGGGAUGGACGACGAGCAGAGAGCCAAGGUUGCGACCAUGAAGUGUGCGGGCACACAAACGCAUCUAACGUCAGUAAAAGAGACAGCGAAUCUGACAGACGAGGCCCUAGAAACGAUAAACAACAUGGAAGCCUCAGACAGAGAAAGACUGUUGAUGUCCAUGGCGUCCAAGCCGAUGUUGAUCCCGAUGUCGAGCAUCCACAGCCCCCUGCCCCACCCGCCACAGAGACCGUCGGUCAUCACGUGCGCCCCGGCGUUCAGCCGGGUCUCCCCACCCCCCGCGGGCAACGGGGUCUCCACAACAGUGCAGGGCGCUGCCAGGAGAGAAAUCAUCACCACUGGGGUGGUUGACCCAGUGAUAGAAGAGCACUUCCGCCGCAGCCUGGGGAAAGACUACAAGGUGGAAGAGCCGCCCGUGGAACCGCCCCGCGCCGCCUCCACUCCCCCCGACCCCAACAACGUCUCAAUCACCGGCUCCGUGGACGAUCACUUCGCCAAGGCCCUCGGCGACACGUGGACGAAGAUAAAAGCUCGUAAAGAAUCGGUCAGCAGUAAUAAGUCCACGCCGCCCCCCUCCCCACACCUUCCCGCUAGUCAUUCCAAUCAGCCAUUACUUUCUACAUAGACACUAGAUUCUUUGUUACCUACAUGAGAUGUAGAUAGAGAUAGGAGACCUUUCUACAUAGACACUAGAUUCUUUGUUACCUACAUGAGAUGUAGAUAGAGAUAGGAAGAGUUUGACACACUGGCUAGCUUUGUAUUGUUUUUCUUCACUUGAUUUUCCUGUUGUGUAUUAUUGCUGUCCUUUGCCAGCUGAAAGCUGUUCUGGACAUUCCAACUGUAUAUCCUCUUAGCUGUGCUUGAGGAGGGUCAGAGUGCAAGCCAUUCUAUAUACCCGAGACCUUUUUAUGAAAAAGAGAAAUCCAGUAUUUACUGUGCCCAGCUUGACAAGUAAAGGAAGAUAGCGUAAAAGAUAAAAAAAAGAGAGAAUAUUCAGGAAAGGCUAAUUUUCUUCUUCUAUUAUUAUUAUUAUUAUAACAUUCCUCUAAUUCUAUCUGCUCUGCUGAAUCCCUUAGCUCUGUAAUUACGCUGGACGUAUUCUUCUCCUCAACAUGUACAGCGAGACUGGCUCUGCUAUUUCAAAGUAUGUACAGUUAGCCUAGUAUCCAUACCUGUUUAGCCUUGCCUAUCCAGGACUGGGCAGUGGUUUCCGCCAACCCGCCUAUCCAGUACCUGUCACAUAUACAAUGUGGGACUGGUAUAGGGCCUUGAGGAUAGGGUUGUAUAAUAUAUUCCAGGCUAGUAUAUGAUAGCUUUGCACAAGAGCUUGCAAUCAUAUUUCUUUUGCACAAUAUAAUUUCCAAUUGAGGAACGCUAGGCUUUAUUCGUACACUGGACUUAGAUUUUACUUGAAUGUCUAACUUUUUUAUUUCUCUUCACAAAACAGUCUUACACAUUCGUAUAUAUAGCUUUUGGACUUUGCAGCAGUGCUCCUUGCAGAUUGUGUCCGAACUGCAGCCAAUUGUAAUUACUGUAAGAUUCUCUUGGAAAUUAUGUUAACAGAUGUGUGUACGAUUAUGGUAUAUAUGUUUGUGUAUACACCAGUGUAUAGGCACUUCAGAUUAUACUUGGAACUGCACAGAUCUGUGUAUACAGAAUUGCUACAAAUGGAUAAUAUACCAAUAUCAAUAUUUGUGUAAAAAAAAAAUAGAAAAGCUAUUUUUGUAGAUUGCAAUGUUCCUGUUUGCAUUCCAGUUGGCUGUGGUAACAUGUAGUACCUGAAUGUUUCAUUUCCUCGGAGGAACAGAGGCCAUACAUGUAUACGAUAGUUUUCAACAUUACCAUAGAGUGCCUCAAACUGCAUGCUAGUGGCCAGAUUGACAAAACGUUCGAUUUAUAUGUGCAUCACCUUUUGAGGGUUAAAUACCGCAGUUAGGACAAAACAUUUACACAGACAAGACUAGCAUUUGUAUUUUUUUUGUGGGGACUACAAGUGAAAACAAGACUGCCAAGCCUAGCAAGCAUUGUGAAAGAUGUCAUACAUACAUGAUGUACAUACAACCAGAAUUUCACAAUCUAACAUCUUUAUGUACUGUACAUGUUAUAAGCUAAAUUGCUCAUGUAGACUUUGGGUUCUGCAAUGUUUAGUUUGACAUACAUAAUGAGUAUGGCAUGUUUUGUACAAAGCUUUAUCUGCAGCCUGGAAAUAUUGAAAAAAAAUUAUUUUUUUUUUUUCCAGCAGUGUUUCUACGUGCCUACCCACAAUACCUAGCUAGAAGCUAGAGUACAUUGGGUGAAGAACAAAAUGCUUCAGAAUCUGUACAGUAGUUGCAUUACCUAAAGGGCUUUUUGUUUCAUUUGAUACGUCUGAAUAAGCCAAGGCAAAAUACAUUCCUGUACCUAGCAUUUCUAACUAUGUCAUUGUAGGAGGGACAGUUUCUAGUUUGUGCAAAAACCUGCAGUGACAAUUGGGUGUUUGCCGUAACUCCCUGCACUUGAUGCCACUGUGAACUGUGUUUAAAAGCACUUGCUGUUAGAAUUUCCCAUGCCAAACACAAGGUUUCCAUGUUUACAUCAUAACUAUGUUUGUGUACUUCAUAUUUUUGUCUACCUAGUUGGUUACCAUAUCAAGUGUUGAUUAAUAACCAAGUCUUGGUGUCAAGCUACUUGUAGAAAAAAUGGCACUGGAAAUAAUUAUUUUUUGUUAUAGGCAACUACAAACAUGGCUUGUAGUUGUAGUCAAGUAGGUGUCACUAAAAGCCAAGACUGAACUGUUUUCUUAGGUUGCUUUGGUACUAAUGGUAAUAAACACUUAUGUGAGACCUCCUUUGGUCCUACCAGAAACACCAGUGAGAGUUCUAAAAUGUUCUUUUUUUUCCACAUAGCUGUUAAAUAUUGAUGCCAAGUGUGUUUGUGUAUGCAAAGCCUAUACUAUCAUCAUAUUGUUGCCGUUUCACGAACACUAAAUGAAAGAAGUAUUAUAUCUAGAAAGAGUUCACUUGUUCCAAUGUUUGAAAAUUGGAAGCAUGUUUUCAUUUAUUAUAUAAGCUUGCUGCAAUGCAUGAAUAAAUUGUACAGAUUAUUUGAAUGCCAACUCCUCAACUGCAUGUGUUACUCAUUUGUGUGCACAUUUACUGUAAUUCAUGGUUUUAGAUGCAUCUAACAUACAUUAGAAAUACACAUCUACACGUUGGUAUUGAUAGCUAACAUAAAGUACUAACAAGCCCUUAUAGAUCAUGUUCAUGUAUAUAAUUUGCCGCCAACAUUACGUAGUAUAAGUAUAGAGACAGAAAAUUUAGUUGUUUUCUUAAUGCUAGCUAGACCGUUCCUUAGUCUAACAACUCGCUCAUACGUUAAGACAUUUGUCGCAGUUUUGCGUAUUUAAAGUAACAAUCACUAACCAUGACAAUCACAUUUUACUAAUCCUUAAAGUAGUACAUGUACAAGCAAUAUAUAUAUAUAUAUAACAUCCUUGAUACAUACAAUCACUGCCUUUCUCACAAAAGUAUCAGUGUUGAGCUCUGCUUUUGAAACUGGAAGUAGUAAGCAAUGUGCUUCUGGAAUGGUUUCUUUACUACAAUUAAGUACAUUUACUUUUCUGUACAUUUGUUCUAUUUUUCUGUUUUUUUGCCUUCAAGUUUUCAAUCAUUUGUUUUACAUGUAGCAAGUCCCCAUUUCCAUUUAAUUACUCUUGCCCACUGGUAUGGUGCAGAAGAAAUAUGUCAAGGGACUUACUUUUGACAGAAACUCUCGUAUAAUUUAGCUUUUAUGUUUACUAACCAAAUGUAUCUCUUUAUAUAAAUGUAUAUAUACAUAUCUAAAACCAGUUACGAUUCCAACCCUAGUUGAGCACUGUAGAACUGUACCUAGAUUGGAUUGUAAUAACCAGGAUAAAGUAAUCUAAGUAAAGAAUGUGUGCUCUAAGCUAUCACACUGUUGAACAGUGUUAAGCUCUUGGUAAAUGUUAUGGAAUACCCGUUCUUUCUAUUUCUCUAGACAAUAGCAGGCUAUGUAUCAUACUAUACUAUCUUGUACAUUCCUUUCUUUCCUAUCAUUGAUGACAAGAUCUGUGAUUUUGAUGUUGUCUUUUUUCCAUUACUCUUUGUU